ACAAAGCUUAUCCACAUGCUGCCUUCAUCUACUUCAUUACCCAACAACCAACACAGCACACCGCCCAGCAAGAUCGACAAAAGAGGGCAUGGGCUCCGGCGACGGCACAGGGGCGGCGCUGCUCAUGGAGAUCCCCAAGGUGGACCUUCGCGGUCUGGAGCCCGACACGCCGGGGUGGGCGCGGGCCCGAGCAGCGGUGACCGCGUCCAUGACGGCUCACGGCUGCGUCGUGGUCGUGCAUGACGCGCUCGGCGCCGAGCUACGGCAGGCUCUGUUCGGCCGCGCCCUGCCCCAGCUCUUCGCCCUCCCGUUCGAGGCCAAGAAGCGCAGCGGCUGCUUCAUUAACGGGCCGCACAGAGGCUACGUGGGGCAGGUCCCCAGCGAGGCCUUGGAGAGCGUCCCCAUCCAGGACGCCGGCGAUCCCGGCAGCAUCCGUGCCUUCUCCGACGACCUCUGGCCGCAGGGCAACCAGGAAUUCUGUGACACGGUCGUAGAGUUCGCCAAGAACAUGCUGGAACUGGAGCAGACGGUGGAGAGGUUGAUCCUCGAGGGCCUGGGGACCCGUGACGAGAGCAUUGCCUCGCACCUCGGGUCGCUGUCCCACCUCGUCCGGAUGACGCUCUACGGGACGCCUCCGGACAAGGAGACCGGCAUCUCCCUGCGCGCGCACCGCGACGAGCACAUGACCACGGUGCUCGCGCAGCACGAGGUGGGAGGCCUCGAGGUGCAGGUCGGGGACGGGCGCUGGGUCGCCGUCCCUCCCGAACCCGGCACGCUCACCGUCAUGGCCGGCGACCAGUUCCGGGUUGUCACCAACGGGAGGGUGCCGGGGUGCGUCCACCGCGUGCGGACGCCGAGCGGCCGCGUGCGCUUCUCGGCGCUGCUCAACAGGCGGUGCAAGGGCCAGGCCGUGCUGCGCGCCAUCGACGAGCUCGUCGACGACGACCACCCCUUGAUGUACAAUCCCUGCGGCCCCGAGGAGUACAGGGCGUUCCGUUUGUCCGAGGAAGGGCGCAACUUGAGCGAUCCACUCAAGGCUUUCUGCGGUGUGGAGAGAUAGAUGGAUCAAUGGAAUACUGAAUACUCGCCCACCGGCUUGCAUAUGCCUUCUUAAUAAUACGCCUUUAAGAUCGGGUGCUUGUUGUGUAAAAACAUUUUUUUAAUUACUAGCAAAAAAAUAUGUCAGAUCCUGGAUCACGACUGAUUUUUCCUUGCUGCGAU